AGGUAACCAGGUACAUUCAGGUGAAUGCGUGCAGUACUCGAUUCUUUAGAGCAAAUUAUUUAAAGAUACGUUUUUUUACACGACUCAUAUGCACAAGAACUGAGAAGACGAGUUAUGACGGACUCGUUGAAGAAAUACGGCCUGCACAUCGACGAUUUGGCGAAAGUGCGACUCCUCGAGCCCGAGGUUGCUUCGCAGACUGACAAGCUUCGCGAGGAGUGCCAGAGCUUCGUAACGAAGAUCGGCGACUUUCACAAAGCUGCCGAGGAGUUUAUCAAAAUCAUGAGCAAUCUCGCGGACGAGGUCGAGCGUGAGAGGAUGCGAUCGAUCGGUAUCAAAAACUUGCUCUACACCGUCACAAAGGAGCACGAGGCUGAGAAGCAACAGCUCGAGGCUUUGGUCGUGGAAAAGUCUAUGGAACUGGAGAGAUUGCGCGUGCAGUACGAGUCAUUGAAGAAAAUCGAAAUGGAGCAGCUCGAGACCAUAGAGCACUUGACGUCGAAUUGAAUCACUUAUUCAAUACGUGUAAACAGUGAUGUGAUAAUUAUAAUAGGCAGUAAAAAAUUAAAGCUUGACCAGAUUGUUGAAUUUUCUCUUUCGUUCUUAUAUUUUCGAGUGAAUGUAGGUAUACAAUUGUUUUUCAAUGUAAUAGGCAGGCGUUCCUUGACAAGAACACAAAAAGUUCAAUAAGUAAUUCUUGAAGAAGGAAGGCACGUUUUUACAAUUAUAGAUAGUGUGUUCUUUUAUUUCCUGUAUACAUAGAAAAAUGCAAAUUUCAAGAAUGCUCGAUUCUUCCGUUACAACUUAUCACUACGCAUAUUUUACUUUCUACAGGACUUAUUUAGUUGUAGUUUUUUUUAAUCUAUAUAACUUAUUUGUGUCAAUUUUUUGGAUGAAUAAUCAUGACCGAGAAUGUGAUGAGAGUUUUGCUUUAAAUAUCAUUUCAUCUUAACAAAAUAACAUACCAAUGGUACCCAUAACUAUGUACUUAGCAGUUCAUUUUAAUAAACUUUUACGAGGUGCAA